UGAAAAGGCUGACUACAUACAGUAAGAGAGUGGAGGGACUUUUUUCUUCAAACUAUUUUUCAGCAUUGCUGUCAAAGUUUGAUAGAUAUGUUCACAUUCAGUGUACUAUAUUUGUUUAGAAUUCAGUGACAUUCCAGUCCCUCCAGGGCCAAUAUAUACAAGCCCCUGCACCCCAGCAUGAUUCAUUACCCACAACCACCAACAGAUUCCUCUCCUCUGUUCCUUGGAAAGUUCCAACCAAUAAACGUAGCUUGCCAAGCUUGUUUUCCAUCGCUUCUUGGCAAGGGCAUGGCAUAAUUGGCAGAGGUGAUGGUAAAUCUGUUCACUUGUCAAGCUCAAUCCAUCACGGGCCAAUUACAUGCCUGGUGUAUAUAAUGGUGGUGGAUAGCCUCCCCAGAGCAUUACAAAGAAGUCUGAGCCUUGUGCAACUGAUCAGUAAGGGUGGACUGAUUGAACUGUCUUAAUUUUCUUAUGUUCCUCAAAGUUGCUUGCUUUCUGGAAGUGGUACCGAUUGGAGGGAAAAAGUGAGAUUUAACCAGACCCUGCAACAAUUCACCAUGCUGCUGACAUCCCGACACCAGCGGUUCUCGCUAGCGCUUCUUCUCACCCUGCAGAUGCUAGCCUACCAGCCCUGCCAGGCUCAGGACCAAGACUCAGUGGGCACAAGCAAAACUACGGAACCCCUGGCACCCCCAUCGAUGUGCCAGUACAUGCUGAGAGGGGAACCUGGUCCCCCAGGAGCCCCCGGCUUACCGGGUAUACAGGGGCCUGCUGGCAUGCCAGGUAACCAUGGAAAUAAUGGCAUCAAUGGACUGACGGGCCCCCAUGGGCCAAAAGGUGACAUGGGACCCCCAGGCCCACCAGGCCUUCAGGGCAGCGCAGGUACCCCCGGUCCUUACGGCCCCUCAGGUAAGGCGGGGGUCCCCGGCCAACCAGGCAACUCAGGGGAGUCAGGAGGCCGCGGGCCGCGAGGACAAACUGGGGAAAGCGGCCCCAAGGGAGAGAAGGGAGACAGUGCAUCAGUUACAUUAACCUCAUCAAGGCACAUGCUACCUAGAACGGGCCGGAGAAAAAUUGCAUUUUCCGUCGCCGCGACCAACACGAUGACAGCACCCGCUGAGGAUUCCAUCGUCCAGUUUGAUCACAUCUUCACGCGUCACGGGACGGAAUUUGACCCAGAGACGGGCAAGUUCACGUGCCAGGUCAACGGUACGUACUACUUCAUCAUACAUGCCAACAAGUGGACCAACUCUCGAAAUUUGCACAUUAAGCUCAUGAAGAAUGGCUCUCUGAUGACUGCUCUGUACGAAGAUGCGGGCUACGAUUAUUACGACGCUGCCACCAACAGUAUCCUCUUGGAUCUAAAGCAUGGCGACAAGGUGUGGCUGCAGCUGCACAGCAACAGUGAGGUGUACAGUGGACUGACUAGGAUGACUACGUUCUCUGGUUGGCUUGUCUUUGAAGAUUAAACCAUUAAUAGGACGUUUCAUGGGCCGAGCAAAAACUGUCACAAAUGACCAAUCUUAUAGUCUAAAUUGGAUAGUCUAAUUUGUACAAUAUGUACAUUACGAGUAAAAUGCACCUUACAAGAAACGUAAUUUAAACCUGUCGAAUACAAGCUUGGAAAAGUUUUAACUGAUCUCCCAAUAUUUCAAUGGGGAUGUCACCUUUGUUUCUCUGAUGUUACGUUUACUUUAGUAACACUUUUUUUGAAAGCUUGAAAACAUUACAAAAAGUUGUGUCCGUAUUUGUGUUUCACCAAAGUGACGCUUUCAAUUUCGACUUGAAUUUUUUUUGUAAAUUAAUGAAAAUUUAAUGAUAACAGCUUUGUAGUGAAGAGCUAAAACCUGCUCGUAUGAACUACAUGUAAUGCUUUAAAGCUUAAAUAGAAGUUUUUCAAAAGUGAAAAUGAUUUUCAGUGGUCCUUCUGAAAAAGAUUACAAAAAAAGAAAGAUAAAAAUGAUUUGGUCCUGCAUGUACAAACAUGCAGAGAUUGAUCAGUGCCUCCAGAAUGUCAAUGCUUUUUUUCAUCACUGAGUAGUCAGUGGAAAGGAUUCAAGUUUAAUAACUUGUAUAUAAAUACUGUAUGUUCAUGUAGCAUAAUUGGUUAGAUGUUUGGAGAUGUCCCAUAUUUGCUGACUUAUUAAAAGUGCACUGUAUGGUACCAUUAUAGUUAAACUUUUUUAUUUCAAGGUGAUAAUAAAGUAAGCCAAUAGUUUGCUACUGUGAACUUUAGCUGAUUGUG